AUGACAUCUAUCGCCUCUCUGCUCAAUCCGGAGCCGGACUCUACCAAAAAGAACCAGAAAGUGCUAGCUCCCGGUUCUUCUGCUGGGAACGAAAGAGGGAGCCAGUCCUCUCCCCCCGCAAAGAAACAAAAGGUCUCAAAGGAUGCAGCCGUUUUUACCAGGGGGAGGGUACGGGGUCCUCUCAAGUACCCUCCUUGUGAAUGGCAGGAUGAAAAGUUGGCUGAGGCGCACAAAUUGUUUGAGAUUCAUCCAAUGGGCCAUAUCACAGAAUUCCCCAGACAUAUACCAUACAACAGUGAGAAAAAGUCAUUCCUUGAAAAAACUGGAAGGGAAAGUUUUGAAGUAUUUCAAUAUGAAUUCAAAAUUCCCGGUGAUGAUAAAGUAUACACCGUAAUGUGGGAUUACAACAUUGGUUUGGUCCGGACAACCUCCCUAUUCCGAUGCAAUAACUACUCAAAGACUGCGCCCGCAAAAAUGUUGAAUGCCAACCCCGGUCUCAGAGAAAUCUGCCACAGUAUAACUGGCGGUGCACUGGCAGCGCAAGGAUAUUGGAUGCCGUUUGAGGCUGCUAAAGCGGUGGCUGCCACGUUUUGCUGGAAGAUUAGAUAUGCCUUAACCCCUUUAUUUGGAGUCGGUUUUCUUUCAGAGUGUAUUAAGCCGACCGAUGAGAUGUUCGGACGUAUGAUCAUUGACCCUGCUAUUAUUCGAGCUGCAACCAUUACAGCACAUCAGCAGCGCAAUCUUGAGCUCCAAAAGGCAUCCUCCAAUCGUCUUCCGAGCUCUAACAUUUCCUACUUACCCCUGAAAUCUAGGGCGGAACAUGUCAGCGUCAAAAGAUUGCGAUCUAGAUCCCACGACAGUUCUCCAGACGACGAGGAUGUCAACAUUUUUGAUAACAGAGGCCAAAAUCCGCAUAGGGGCACCUCAUACUAUGACCACCAAGCAUACUCACCAUCAACCCUACUAAAUUCUGGAUGGACCCCUGCCAAUACGCCACGUACCUCCCAGCCUUUCAGACGUCUCAUGAAUAACGAAAAUGAGAACAUUCUUCCGUCUCCAAAGGACAUCAUUGAGUCCCUUUCUCGGAUGAAUAACACUAAACCGUCGACUCGCCCCCAUGGAUCAUACCUAGCCUUCAGUGAAGUUGAGAAUGCCAGUGAUGACGGCAGCGACGACGAUGAUAGCAUUACUGCAUCGACAUCUGAAGAUGAGCCUGGGAAUAAAGUGCUUACCCAAUGGUCUAAGGUGGACCGCAGCUUCGAAUCCGAGGCCGAGGGAGAAACAGACAAAGAAGAUACCACAAUGCCUGACGACAAAACAACCCUAUGUUUGCCUCUUACCCAAACACUGCGCGAGGGUACAAAUGCAAGCGUUGCUCAUACUAGACACUCAAACCCAGAGGGGUCUGUGACAGGAGGUGAUGAGCUGGAAAAGGAGAAUACUAGGGGAAAACAUGAGGCAGAAGCCGAGCCAAAGCCGGAAGGGAGACACUCACCUCUACCCUUGACAAACGACGCCAGGGCAGCGUAUAUGUUGAUGAAACUACAUAUGCAGGAGGCAGCGAGCAACAACACUGCAGCCUCAGAUGAAGAUCUGGCGAGAAAGAAGAGACGUGCAUCAGCAUAGAAAGAAUGGCAUUGAAUUUAAACACAAAUCUCGGGGUCACAAUAGGUGUUGAGAUUGUUCUGACUUGACUCGAGACUUUUCUUUCCUGAUUUCAUUUUAAUUUUUCUAUUUAUCUUCACAGGGGGCCAGUUGUCUCCUCAGAU